GGUAUAAACUAUCGAUUCUUAACGCUCGCUGUUGCCAUGCUGGGCUAAAUGGUCUUUGGAGAGAAAAGGCAUUUGCCUGUAUACGGGUUAAACAUGGAAGUAAAAAAGUUUCAUGCCCGUCUUUAUCAAAACUUUCAACAUGAGCUCGCUCUAACAUAGAUGGUAUUUAUGCUCAUAUUCGACACUGUAUGCGCUCUUUUUCAUUUCCCGCUAACGUUAGCUAGCUGGCAUCUUUUCGUGUUCUGCUUUUCUUCUAUAUGUUUAGCUUGCUAGCUCGACUGGAUUUUCUGCCUGAGAUGUGGACUUGAUCAUGGCCGCACAAGUGGCAACAGCCCCAACAUCAACUGGUAAGAAAAGGUCGAGUUUAACUAGCAGCGUGAGUCAAGAGUUUAAAUCUGCUAAAUCUGGAGUAGUUGGUGGAACUGUAGUUGGGGUAGGAAACGGGACUAUCGUUCAUGCUAUUAAUGUAGAACGCAAUCACCAUGAAUUGAACCCAAACAGAGUUCGAGUUUUUCCUGUAAACAACAAUUCGAGUCAACUUGAGAAGAAAAGUGCAGAUUCUAGAUCGGAGUCUUUUUCGACUUCAAAUUGUAGCAUGAGUUCGGGAAGCAUGGAGACGGGAACGCUUGUCAGUCAUAAAGUGAAAAAUGUUGGUGUCGGAGAUCCUCCUCCAUCGCACCACCACACACCUCCACAGCAACAGCCAUUCAAUCAAUUCAUUCAGCACCAACAACGCCAAAUUCACAACAGCCAGCAGUCGAUACAUGGAGAAAGUGGAAACCGCCAACAUGGAGGAAAAGAGAACGUUGUUUUAGGGAAUCAAGUGGAACUCCAUCAGCAGCAACAAAUGCUAAAUAAAAGUGAGGAGGAGGACCAACCGGGCAAAACGGAGGACCGUAUUAACAGCAGGUACGACCAUGCCAGUUUGGGACCAACUAAUAACAUCAACCCGUCCCAAAGUGGGAACAGCUCAGUUUCGGAGUUAAAUAAUAGUUAUUAUGGAAAGGGAAGAGGAGGGCCUUGCUUUGAUCAACAUGGCGGACAACAAAGCCCAGGGUCUGGGAUAAUGCAUUCGGUACAACAGAACAAUAUGGAUCAACUUCAACAAAACUCCCACGAAGGAUACCAAAACAACCCGUACAAUCACUACCCGAACUACCGACCUGGCUACGGUAACAGUGGAUAUGGAAUGAUGAGUCCCUCUCGGCAAGGGAACAACAUGAUGGGCCCAGUCAGCAACACGGCUGCUGCUAAUCAUAGCAGAGCUGCCAUGGCUGCUGCCUCUUCUGGUGGUGCGAAUAUUGGAGGGUUUCACAGAUUUCCAGGGCAAAGUCAGCAGCAUCCGUCGGGGGCUACCCCGACUCUAAACCAGUUACUGACAUCCCCGAGCCCUAUGAUGCGGGGCUAUGGCAGUGGCUAUCAAGAUUACACUAAUCCUUCUGCUCAACAACAACAAUCAAGCAUGGGGCUGACUAAAGACUUGAGCUCCCAAUACGGUUCAACAACUCAUAGUUGGGGAGGACAAGAAAGAAAUCACCCUGCCAUGAGCCCUGGAAACAACGGACAAGGAAGCGGCAGAUCACAGGUGCCACCAAUAGAUGCCAUGGCGAUGAAGCGCUCUCAGCUCUACGGCAUGGGUAACAACCCUUACUCCCAGCAACAGCAGGGCGGGGGUGGCUUCUACCCCGGCCAACCAUACAGAUCACCUUCUCCUCACCGCUACCCAAUGGGAAUGCCUGGGAGGGGUCAGAUGGGCAUGAGUGGAAUGCAGUAUCCUCAACAGCAGCAGCAGAUGGCAGCUCAGUAUAGGCAGCAGCAGGGGGGCAUGGGUGGGUACUGCCAGCCACAAGGCCAGCCCCCGUACUCCAGCCCUCCCCAGCAGCAGCCUGCAGCCCCCACACAGCCCCCCUACAUGCAGCCACGUCCACUGCCACAGCAGGAGGUGUCACAGGAGGGCUAUGUCAAUAGGGGCCAAUCUGCUAUGACCCCUGGGAAGCCCAACCAUGAGGAGAUGGGCCUCAGCCAGCAGGACAGACCCUCCAGUCUACCUGACCUGUCUGGGUCUAUAGAUGACCUUCCCACGGGCACAGAGGUGGCUAUCAGCUCAGCGGUCAGUGCUUCGGGGUCCACCAGCAGCCAGGGCGAGCAGAGUAACCCGGCCCAGUCGCCCUUCUCACCCCACAUGUCCCCUCGCCUGCGUAGCGGCCCCUCCCCCUCCCCCGUGGGAUCACCCGUGGGUUCCAGCCAAUCGCGCUCCGGACCAAUCUCCCCCGCCAGCGUCCCAGGCACCCAGAUGGCCCCACAGACCCCUGGGAACAUGUCUGAUGUGGGUUCCCAUUCCACCCUGAGCCAGUCCCCCAUGUCUCAGGAGAGAGGGUUCCCACCUGCCAUGCAGCGGAACACCACAGUCCCCCAGCAGUCGGGUCAGGGACCUGCCAUGUCCCCUCACUCGUCCCCCGGGGGCACCAUGCUCCCCCAGAGCUCCUACCACCAGCUGCAGGGGGGCCCCGGCCCCUCGUACGGACCCCAGACCGGCCAGUACGGCCCCCAAGGUAACUACCCCAGGCCCCCUAACUACGGUGGGACCCCCAGUGCCAACUACAGCGGCCCCGGCCCUGGCAUGAGCAACAGCCUGGGCAUGAACGCCAGUAGCCCCAUGCACGGCCAGGGACCUGGGCAGCCCUGUGGCUCCAUGCCUGCCGGGCGAGGCCUGGGUCCGGGGGCCAGUGGGCGACCCUACCUCGGUGCCAAUACCAACACCAUGGCCCCCACCUCUCCCAGCAUGCCGCAGCCUGCCGGACAGGGCCAGGGCAUGAGACCGCCCCUGCCCAGUGUUAACCAGGAGGCAGGUCUGUGCCCUGGAACCAACGCCAUGCAGGGGCCCAACGCUGGUCCCAACCCUUCUGCACAGGGCAGGCAGGGAAUGACCCCCAUGCCUCACCAUCCAGGCAUGAGCCCCAGAGGGAUGGCCUCCAGCCCUGGUGGCCCCUACAGCCAGCAGCCAGGGGCCAACACCUCCGGGAGGAUGACCCCACAGGGGCCCCAACCUCUCUACAACUCACCCUCAGGGCCCGUGCAUAUGGGAGGAGAGGGGAUGGUGUGUCCCACUGACCCCAAACAGAGACCUCCAGAGCAGUACAGGGAGAGCAAUACUCCUGGUCCUGCCACCGAGCCCCCACCUAAACCCAAGAAGACCAGCCCGGCCACCAUGACCAAUGAGAAGAUUCGCAUCCUGUACGAGAUGGGCGUAGAGCCCGAGAGGCGGGUGUGGGUGGACCGUUACCUGGCCUUCAUGGAGGAGAGGGGCACGCCUGUACCCAUGCUGCCAGCUGUGGGCAGGAAGCCCCUAGAUCUGUGCCGCCUCUACCUGUGUGUUCGAGAAAUAGGAGGCCUGGCCAUGGUGAACAAGAGCAAGAAGUGGAGGGAGCUGUCCACCCAUCUCAACGUGGGCACGUCCAGCAGCUCUGCCAGCUCUCUGAAGAAGCAGUACAUCCAGUACCUGUUUGCCUAUGAGUGCAGGGUGGAGCGGGGAGAGGAGCCGCCGCUGGAGAUCCCGGGGGAAACCAAGAAACAGCCUAAGAUCCAGCCGCCCUCACCGGCCAACUCUGGCUCCCUGCAGGGUCCUCACACCCCCCAGUCUACAGGUAGCAGCUCCAUGACUGAGAUGUCAGAGGCCAUGAAGCUUCCCACUCCCGCCACCACACCACACGGACACAUGACCCCCCAGCCAGGCAACAGGAACAGUGUUGGUAUCCGUGUCCACGAUCCCUUCUCAGAGGUCAGUGACCCUGCGUUCCACAAGCGAGGGCCCAUGCCCUCUGGCGCCCCCUACCAGCAGGUUGGUGGUAGUGCAGACCCCUCCAUGAGGAUGCAGUACGACGCCAACAAGGACCCCUAUGAAGGGCCCCGGAAGGGGCCAGGGGGCAGUGAGCCCUAUAGACCAGGUCAGAUGCCCAGUGGUGCCAUGCAGGACAUGUACCCCCGUGGUCCUCCCUCAGGAGCCAUGCCAGGGAUGGGUAUGGGCCCUGGCCCACGGUCACAGUACCCCUACAGGCCUGGCUACGACAGGAGACCAGACCAUGUGAUGGGUUCGGAGGGGGGUGUGCCUCCCCCUGGGGGUCAGAACAACAUGGUACCUUCCAGCGGUGACCCAAGCAUGUACUCUGCCAACCGAUACCCCCAUCAGCGGCCACAUGGACAUGAAAGUUAUGGGCAGCAGUACCCUCACGGCCCCAUGCCCUAUGGCUCUCACCAGUCUGGGAUGUACCCACAACAGGGCUAUAAGAGGCCAGUGGGACAAGAGGGGAUGUACGGUCCCCCUGCUAAGCGCCAUGAGGGUGAAGCCUACGACAUGCAGCAGUACGGAGGGCAGCAGCCAGACAUGCACCGCCAGUAUGGAGGGGGCUACAUGGGGCCGGAGCACAUGCCCAUGCAGGGCCAGUACCCUUACCCCUACAGCCGAGACCGCAUGGGAGCCAUCCAGGGGCCCCAACAACACGGCAUGAUGAGCGGAGGCCCUCCCUUCCCCUCCGGAGCCUCUGCAGAGGGCCCCCAGGCCAACAUGUGGCACCCUAGGACAGACAUGGGCUACCCCGGCCGACAGGGCCAGGGGCCGGGGGAUGACCCAGAGGGAAGGACCCUCCAGGACGGCCAAUGGCCGUCCGGACACCCGGGCCAGCGCCAGUCCCCAUACCCAUCUUCCUCCAUGCCCCCCAUGGCUUCCCGACAGCCCCUCUCCUCCUACCAGUCUAACCCUGCCAUGGCCAACCACAUCGCUAGAGCCCCCAGCCCCUUCGCCCGGCCCAUGGGGGGACCCGGACCCCUUUCCCCCAACAACGGGGGCCACUACAUGGCCUCUUUGAAGAAGGCAGGGAUGCCUGGGUUCAUGCCAGGCUCAUACAGUGGGGGGAUGUCAGGGCAGGGCAUUCUACCGCUCCACAGAGAUAUCAGCUUCCCCAUGGGGUCUGUGGAGGCCACCCUGCCCAAACUCAAGGUCCGACGCAGACUUACUUCCAAGGAGACCGGAACCCCAGAGGCGUGGCGUGUGAUGAUGUCUCUGAAGUCAGGUCUGCUGGCUGAGAGCACGUGGGCGCUGGACACCAUCAACAUCCUGCUGUAUGACGACAGCACUGUGUCCUCCUUCACCCUGUCACAGCUGCCUGGAUUCCUGGAGCUGAUAGUGGAGUACUUCCGCCGGAGUCUGAUCUCCAUCUUUGGGAUCCUGGAUGAGUACGAGGUGGGCACCGAGGGCCAGAAGGUGCUGCUCGGACCAAUCACAGACCAGGAAGAGGAGCUUACCGUUGCAGAGCUUGACAGCCAGUUAGACGAAGAGCAGAGGGACAGCGGGCCAGAGAAGACCACAGCCAACGGCAGCACAGAGGAGAAGGAAGAGCCUGUGGAGGUGACUUUGAAAGAGACGGUAGAGGGGGAGGAAAAGGAGGGGGCCGCCACCGAGCAGUCCCAGCCCCCAGAGCCCAGGCCCAAACAGGCCAGUAAGUACGACAAGCUGCCUGUGAAGGUGGAGGAGGACCAGGUGGAGGAGGACCAGGAGCUCAGUCUGCCCAGGGGGUUCACCUCUGGCCUGCUGCACUGGAAGGCUGGAGGAGGGGACUCCACGGCCCACAUCCAGACACACUUUGAGAGACGUGGCGAGGAGACCAACAGUAAGCCUACAGAGAGGGAGGAUAAGGUAGAGGAGGAGAGGAAGGCUGUUGUAGAAAAGGGCAUGACUGAGACAGCCACUAUGGACGAUAUGCUGAGUGCCUGGCCAGGCUCUCUGUCAGAGAGGAACGGGCUUCCCGGGAUGCAGACCCAGAGCCCUAUCUUCACCCUGCUGGAGGACGAGCCUCGCUGCUGGGACGAGGCGCCCCUCUCCACGGCCGAACCCUGGCAGGACGCCCUGGCCCGCCGCUGCGUUUGCAUCUCCAACAUCGUCCGCGGCCUCUCCUUCAUCCCGGGGAAUGACAACGACAUGUCCUGCCACCCUGGCCUGGUGCUGAUCCUGGGGCGGCUGGUCCUGCUGCACCACCUGCACCCCCAGAGGAGGAGGAUGCCUCCCAGCUACCAGAGAAAGGAGGAGCAGGGCCGGGCCUGCAGUAAAGACCAGUGGUGGUGGGACUGUUUGUCAGCCCUCAGGGAGAACACUCUGGUCACCCUGGCUAACAUCUCAGGUCAACUAGACCUGUCCCUCUACCCAGAAAGCAUCUGUCUGCCCAUCCUGGACGGGCUGCUCCACUGGAUGGUGUGUCCCUCUGCCGAGGCCCAGGACCCCUUCACCACGGCGGGCUGCUCCUCCUCCCUCACCCCCCAGAGACUGGUGCUGGAGUGCCUGUGCAAGCUGAGCAUCCAGGACAACAACGUGGACCUCCUGCUGGCCACGCCGCCGUUCAGCCGCCAGGAGAAGCUCUACGCCACCCUGGUGCACCACGUGGGUGAGCGGAAGUCUCAGGUGUGCCGGGAGAUGGCGGUGGCUGUGCUCUCUAACCUGGCGCAGGGGGACCCGACCGCGGCGCGUGCCAUCGCCCUGCAGAAGGGCAGCGUGGGGAUACUCAUCGGCUUCCUGGAGGACUGCGUGGCCAUGUGCCAGCACCAGCAGGGACCCCACAGCCUGUUACACCCAGCAGCACACCCCCAACCCCCCAGCGUUAACAUGAUGUGCAGGGCCGCCAAGGCUUUGCUGGCCAUGGCCAAGGAGAACCGGACAGAGUUGGUUCUCUACGAGAGCAGGCUACUGGAUAUCUCCCUGUCCUCUGUGCUGAGCUCAGCCGUGGCGGCCAUCAUGUGUGAAGUACUGUUUAAGAUUGGACGCUCCUCGUGACAGCCACAGGCAAAGAAACAGAGGGAGGGGGGGUUGGUCUGACUACCAGGCUACAGUGAACACAAACACAUCGGUGUGGGUGGUAUUAUAUUUUUAUUUAAAUAAAAGGACACUCUUUUUUUUUACAAAUAAAUAUAUAUAUAUAUAGCUCCUCUGCCCAAAUCACAACCUUCAUUUGGAAUUUUUAAUAAUUUUAAUAAAAUAUUUAAUACUUGGUAUUUUACAUUUUUUUCUAUUUUUAUUUGUCGCUUCAUUUUUGUUUUAACCAAAGUUGGCACCCAAUGAAAGGUAACGUACUUUAGUUUUGGGGUCUCGUGCUUACAUUUUAAUGUGGCUGUUUGUCUGUAUGGGAUCUUUUUGUUGGUGUUUUUGUUGCAGGGGGAAGCAGACUUAUUUAAGUUGUGAAUCAUGUUGUAGAUAGACCUCUUUUAUUGUGUAUUAAGGUAAAGAAAAAAACACUGACUUUACUCUGAAUAUAUAACAGUACAUCAUAUAUCCUGUUCUGGGGGGGGACCCUAUUGUGCAAUAGGAUUUAGUAGGCUUGUUAGGGGGGGGGAAUAUUAACAAAUGUGAAUGACUUUCGACCACAGGCAACUGACCACAAGUAUUGCAUCAUAAUAAUAUUACCAUACCAGUAUAACAGGGAGAGACAAGACACCCUGUUCAACUGACUUACUGGUAACCAUAGCAACACAGUACUUCCAUCAGUCCUUAUCAUCUUUUCUAUCUAUAAGCCCAUUUGUAUAUAGAAGAUGUACAUUGACAGCCCUAUUUGGUUUCUUCGCCAAGAGAUGUGGUAUAGAUAAGUGAUGGUAGUUGAUAAUUAUAAUGACCUUUAGAAUUAUUAUUACUGCUCAUUUGAAUACUGAAUAUUUAGUUACUCACUUCAAAUGAGGUUAGUCAUUUUAUCUAUUAAAAAAAAAAAAAAAAGAAUUAUAUUCUGACUGGGACAGGUCUAAGGACAUAUAGGGAUGAGACCGCUCUAGUUUUGGUUAUGAAAAGACAAAACGUAUUUAGAUUGUACAGUCUGUCAUGCUAACAGACCAUGAUGGGCAGAACUGUAUUCCAGAAUAACAAUGUUGUAUAACAUGCCUGAUUGACAGUUAAGUGUUGUUGUUUUUUACUCUACAUAUACAUAUACAUAUAGGGUACUUCUCCCCCUUUCAUUUGAUCAACUUUACAUUGUUUAUUCAGUAUAAAAUCUUUAUUCUAUGUUCCACAUGUUAAGAAUAAACGUACAUGAAUUUUGGUUGA